AUGACUACAGUUAAUGCUAGAAUAACUAGAUCAUCGAGGUUCAGAGGCAAAUCUUCAGAGGAGUAUACUGGGAAGUAUCAAGAGAAGGAAGAAUCCGAUUUGGAGGCAGAUAUCAUUGUUUCUUCAUCAGAUGAAGAGACUGACAAGACUGAAGAAGAAGCGCCGAUUUGGUUACAAGAUAAUGUCUCGAAAGAUGCAGACGUUGCCCUAGAUUCUGAAGAUGAGAAUGGGAAAGAUGAGGAAUUGGAUGCUCUAUUGGAUAAUUCCCAUUUGAAGAACGCUAAAGAGGAGGAAGGCGAAGGGUCGAAUGAAGAUGAUUCGGAUAAUGAAGCAGAUGCAGCUACUGUUUCAUUAAAAUUGAAAAAGUUGGAUGAAUUUGUUAAGCAAAGUCAAGUCUAUUCGAGUAUUAUUGCAGAUACUUUAUUAGAACGUACUCAGCAGAGAGUAGCAGAAGAAGAAGAAAGGAUACAUAAUGUAAUGGAAGAAUCUGCAGAUGAACCUCCGAAGAAGAAGCAGAAAAGAAGAAAUAUUCUAGAUUUCUUCAAGGGUGGUAAAGAAACAGAUAAAAAAGAGGAAGUUAACCCAGAUCUAAACAAAAUCAAUACUGAAGAGGAAAGAAUAUCUCAAGUUCAACCAAAUUUAUUAAAAAAUUGUACCUUAAAACCAUAUCAACUUGAAGGUUUAAACUGGCUAAUUACUUUGUAUGAAAAUGGAUUAAAUGGAAUCUUAGCAGAUGAUAUGGGUUUGGGUAAAACAAUUCAAAGUAUCGCUCUCUUGGCUUUUAUUUAUGAAAUGGACACAAAAGGUCCAUUCCUAAUAGCGGCACCGUUGAGUACUGUAGAUAAUUGGAUAAGUGAAUUCGAUAGAUUUGCUCCAGAUGUCCCUGUUCUAAAAUAUUAUCACCAAGGGGGCCCUAAGGAGCGUGGGAAACUGAUGAAUAAAUUUUUUAAGAAAACCAAUGGAACUGGGGUCGUAAUCACUUCAUAUGAAAUCAUAAUCAGAGAUGCUGACCAAAUAAUGGCUAAGCAAUGGAAAUUUUUAAUAGUAGAUGAAGGUCAUAGGUUGAAAAAUAUCAAUUGUAAACUAAUCCAAGAAUUAAAGAGAAUUAACACAUCCAAUAGAUUAUUAUUAACCGGAACUCCACUACAAAAUAAUCUGUCUGAAUUAUGGUCUUUAUUGAACUUUAUUCUUCCUGAUAUUUUUGCAGAUUUUGAAAUCUUUAACAAAUGGUUUGAUUUCAAAGAAUUGAAUUUGCAAAGUGAUUCCAGUAAAUUAAAUAAAUUGAUAAACGAUGAAUUAGAGAAGAAUUUAAUUUCUAAUUUACACACUAUACUAAAACCAUUCUUAUUAAGAAGAUUGAAGAAAACAGUUCUAGCAGAUAUAUUACCACCAAAAAGGGAAUACUUGAUCAAUUGUACUAUGACUUCAUCUCAAAAAAAAUUAUAUAAAAGGGCAUUAUCUGGACAAUUAAAAGUGACGAUUUUCAAGGAACUAGUGAAACAAUUCUUUACAUUGAAUACAAAGCAUAUAGGACAUGUUUCAAACAAAUCUAUUAGGGACUUCAUUAAUUAUGAAUUGAGUGAAGAAGAUGAUAAUGAAAAUAUAUCUGAAGAACCUGAAACUUUACAGAAAAUGCAAAAAAUAUAUGAAGAAUAUAUGCAUGCUGAAUUGAAAAAUAAGAAACUACAAAAUAUGAUGAUGCAAUUAAGACAAAUCGUCGAUUCGACAUUCUUAUUUUAUUUCCCAUAUUUAAACCCUGAAGAAAUGACGCUUGAUGUCUUGUUACAAACCUCAGGUAAAUUGCAAACAAUGCAAGAUUUAAUAUUACCGUUAGUGAAGAAGAAACAUAAAGUUCUUGUCUUUUCGCAAUUUACAAAUAUGCUAGAUUUACUAGAAGAUUGGUGUGAAUUAAAUUCACUUGAAUCGUUUAGAAUUGAUGGUACAAUUGAUUCAGAAAGCAGAAAGGAACAAAUUGAACAAUUUAACAAACCAGGUGAUAAACACAAUAUAUUUUUAUUAUCCACUAGAGCAGCAGGUUUAGGUAUCAAUUUAAUUGCUGCAGACACUGUAGUUCUAUUUGACAGUGAUUGGAACCCACAGGUAGACCUACAAGCGAUGGACCGUUGUUAUAGAAUUGGUCAAAUAAAACCUGUGGUAGUCUACAGAUUAUGUUGCGACAACACUGUUGAACAUGUCAUCUUAACAAGAGCAGCAAAUAAAAGAAAACUGGAAAAGAUGGUAAUUCAAAUGGGUAGAUUUAACACGUUAAAAAAAUUAGCAUUAAAUGAAGGUUCGUUUUUAGGACAACAAUUUGGAAACUCUAAUAAAGUAUCUAAUAAAGACUUAGUACAAGAAUUAUCACAAUUACUUGGAAGUGGUGAGUCUAGUAUUGGUUUUUCCUCUUCUGAUAACAAAACAACUGAAAAUGACGGUAGAUUAACCAAACUUGAAAUAAAAGAACUUACCGAUCGUUCAAAUAGAGUUCAUAAAGAAACUGACGUUGUUAAAUUCCCACAUAUAAGAUUAUUCGAAACUACAUCCGGUUUCUAG